CCUUUAUCCCCACCUCUCGAACAACGCCGCAAUCACGCCGCAAUCACGCCCCACAUGGCCCAUGUGGAGGGCAUUGAUCCUGCCAACAUAGUUACGGGAAAACGGAGGCCGGUGCCCAGUAGCAGACUUCUUGAUGAGACCAAUGGCGCACAACGCCUCCCGACCCAUCAGCUCGCCAUCGAUGAUACGUCUGCGCGCGAUCUGUCGAGUCCAAGCUCCGGCUCUCUGUUGCAUGCACAAUCGCCUUUACAAAGCAGCUCAAUAGGAGGGGAUCGGACUUACAUUAGUGUGGAUGCGGACACAGACGAUGACGAGACUCCACACAACGAGGAGGCUCAAGCGCCUUCAGCCAAAGCGACGAGUAGACAAUCAAAGAAACCCCCCGCAACGAACAAGCGCAAACGUUCCAAUGACAGUCCUGACAACGACGAGGCUGUAGAUAUGGAUGGGCUGCUCGCCGAUGUAGUCAUGGAGGAGUCGCUCGAGCGUGCCAAGAAGGGAGUAAGAGAGGGACGAGAAGAUUUGGACCAUUUCUUCCGGUGGGAUUCAUCUACCGAGAAGUACAUCUGUACAAUAUGCGAGGAUUUGAAGAAGAACCACCCACAGAAGCAUCACAAACUCAAGCUUGAUUUUGUCAAGGACAACUCAACGCGUCGGAUGCAUCUUCAGCGUGUACAUAAGAAUCAUGCUUUUCACGGAAGUUGUCAGAGUCUUACUCGCGUUCUCAAGUAGCAUGAUCAUAAACGCAUCGAUGGAUAGAGCUAGUGGCUUCUCUUUCUGCG